CACUGCAGGUGAAAAGAAAGCACGUUACUACACCGGAAUGUGACAGUCAUAAAAACGAUUAUGACAACGCGUGUGACGAAACACAUGCAGUUAUUUAAUAGCAAGGUGUUUUAAAUUAAUUUUUAUCGAGUUUUAAUUGAUCGAUGAUGGAUGUAAGUUUUAUGAGUGGGGCCGAGGCGGAUGUGUCGUCUGAUGAGUCGAGCGAGGAGGAAUUGCCCCUUCCACCCAGCCCCCUGAGGGAGGGCACGGGGGAACCCUUCACCGUGGUGCUGAAAGGCGGCCGACCAUGGGGGUUUAAACUCACCACAGGUUCUGAAUCCAAGUCAUCAAUUAUGAUCAGUGAGUUUGAUGCGGGUGGCAAGGCAAUAUCCAGUGGGCAGCUGCGCGUGGGAGAUCAUGUGUUGGCUGUGAAUGAAGUACGGUGCCACACCCAGACCGAGGCUAGACAGCUCAUAGAAAGCGCCUUCAACACCUUGACCCUCAGAGUGUGGAGGGCUGCUGGAGACUCGUUAUCUCCCCCUGUGCGGUCAGCCUCAUUCCUGCAGAAGACUCGAGAGCUGUCUGAGCGUGCCCGACAGCAGGCUGGGGUACAGGAUGACAGCGUGCUGUUCUCAGAGUCCAGGAGUGCGAGCACGCGCAUGAAACCUCGACAGAGACGCAUAGAAAGCUUUCAUGGUGGCAGGCGACCUUCGGCUCAGCCUAGCGGGAGCCCUUCUUCCACCAAUCAGACACCAGUAGGGACCCCCCGCCAGCAGCCAACCCCUAGUGUGACCCCAAGCCCAUCCAGCCCCUCAGAUGGUAGCCAGGUGUCUUCAGCCUCUAAACCCAGUCUCAAAGGCUGGGCCACCGAGCAUGACUUGUCAUCGUCACGACAACCUGUCAUAAUGUCAGGAAGUCAUGUGACCCGCAAUGUGCCAUUAUCAUCCGCUAAAUCAUCUCCAAGCCUAAAUCAAGAUGAGCCUCACAAUGUUGCAACAUCUAAUACGCCACGGGGGUAUAGUCCAAAACCAUUAAAAACUAUGACAAGAUCUACGACUGAUCUUCCUGAGCAUGUGAAUUAUGAAAAUGUGACUUCGCCCACCAGUCCAAAAAGUCCUGGGUGGUACCAGCAACCAUUGCCAAAUCGUAGUGUGUUUGACUUUUCUCCCUCGAGUAAUUCUCGAAGGAGCCCAAGAAAUUCUUACGCUGGUGGAAGUCCAAGGAACUCAUAUGCAAGUGGAAGUCCGCGCAAUUCUUAUGCUGGUCUCUCCUCUGCCUACUCAUCUGCAUCUCCAAUUCCAGGGUUCGCGCCAAUGUCUGUGCCAAGCACUUCUCUGUACCAGCCUGUGGACCAGGCAAGGAGCAGUGCAUAUAGUGCUUAUAAUCAAAAUCCAAACCUAACUGGUGCAAAUGUAAACAGCUUUGAUGAUACCCCUACUCCAAAACAAAACAGGUCGUACGACCGGAGAUCCCUUCCACCCCAGGCUUUGAAUCAGUUUAGAGAAUAUGAACGAGAAUUUAACAAAACUGAUGCUCAAAAACAUUUGACCAGUAUGCCAGUGACACGAGAGGAGGAUGACACAGAUAGGGAGGUUCGGGGAAUUCGACCCAAACCCCCUAAUGACCUUGACCUUAGGCCCAUGUGUUCACCCCCAGCCCCGCCUGUGAGAGAUAUUUCAAGUCUAAAAUACGUGAAAUCACAUCAAAAUCAUGAGAAAUAUCCAUCAUGGCCUGUGACAGCUGCUCAGCAGCCUCAAAACUUUAAGUCACCAAUUGACACUCAGCAAAGUGAAAAGGGUAAAGAGAGUGAAUCAAGUAGUGAGAAAAGUGAUCAAAGCCAGAGGCAGUAUGCAAAAGAAAGAACUAAGAAAGAAAGUCCUAGUGUUGAACGUAAGGGCAGUGAUGAGUUUAAGCAGCCUAGAAAUCAGAGUGAUCCUGGAUUUAAAAAGCCAAAGAAAAGUUUUUACACUACUCGCAAGCCUGUUGAACCAACUAAUGAAAACACCAAACCAGAAGGGGAAAGAUUUGAUGAAUUUUACAAAAGUUCUAAUCCGGGCUAUCCGCCUCCCAAGUUAGACCCUGAUGGUCAUAACUAUGGCGAUGAAAAAUACAGUAUUCCUUCUCCACCGGAACGCGAUGUACCAGGUUGUGAUGAUAAAUCACUGGUGGAGAAAAUUGCAGCCAUGAUAUCACCCCAGUCUCAGCCAUAUCACUACAGUCUGCAAUAUAACAUGGAGCAUGGCGGCUCGCGUGGCCUACAUUCAGAUGCCUCACCACACCAGUUUCAUUCAGCCAACUCCAAAGUUCCCGGAAUGUACUUUCAGCAGGCAAUGAAUGCUCAAAAUCUACUUAGAUCUAACAAUUCUAGGUCUAAAGGAACUGUGGAUUCGUGUACAAGUCCAAUCCCAAACCAUUCUGAGGCGAAGUCACAGGAUUUAAAGACAAUAACUGCCAACCCAAGACACCCAUCUGCAUUCUCCCCUGCAGAGAAACCCAGAGCAAUUGUGAUAACCCAAAAACCUUAUUACAAUACCAGCACCCAGACAGAUGACAGUCUGGCUGCUGAUUCUGGCAUUCAUUCCACCUACGGACCAUCGUCUAUUAGUUCUAUGUCCUCAUCAGUAACUGUAAAGUCAGAUUCUUCAUCACAUAGUUCUGGAAUAAGCAGUAUGACAUUCAGUGAUCAGUCCAGUGCUGGAAUGCUUAGAAAACUCUCUGAGGAAUUUUAUCGUGGUAGGCUGCAUGGCAUUAAUCCAAGUGAUAGAAGACUGUCCUCUGCAUCUGCGUAUGAUCACGAUUUGAAAAGUCCUCGUUCUGAUGCACAUUUUGGUGUUCUAAAAGAGGCAGAAUCUUGUAACAGUGUAGUAAUACACGCUCACGAAUCAUCCGGGCCUUUUGGGCGAGAUGACAUGGGCUCAAGCCCGAGUCUGGCAAGCUCCAAGCCGGAAAUGUCUGACAACGAACACGACUCAAAUGAUUUCCGUCACAGGGCGAGAUACAGCAUGGAUUCUGGAUCGGUCAUUCACAAAGCAUCAGCGAGCAUGUCCAUGGUCCCUAGAAAUUUAAACGAGUCCAGAUUCACAUCUGAAAGUAACUUAUCCUCAGGGCACCUGUCUCAGAGAAACUCUCACAGCCAGAGCUUGCUGCAGCUCAACCGCCCGCCCUCCGCCCUCAGUGAUCCACGUCAGUUUUCCCAGAGUUCCUACACGUCGUCCUCCACUUCCUCUCGGCCUCGAGGCUCAAUGGAGGCUCGUUCUUCGGGUAGCCGAGUGAGUUCAGCCUCGUCUAACACGGGCGAUCUAAAGCCUGAUAACUUUAGACUUGACUCUGACUCUGUGUUUUAUGAUGGAAAGGUAUCACCGGCUCCAGCAGGGAAUGAUGGUCAGAAUUCAGACAGUGGUAAAUCUGGGACCCUUGGUAGGAAGGAGAGCAUGAAAAUGGCUUAUGGAACUUACGAUGAGCAUGAGCAUCAGUAUGCCACCCCCUAUGGCCAUCAGCGAAACAACAGUGAAGUGUUGUCGCCUUCUGCGAGGGACGCAGCACAUGGAAGGUCCAUGUCGUUAAAUGACUAUUUACCCAUGCAUGCAAAUGCUGCAGAGGCCUUGAGACUGGGCCAGAUCACGGAAGAAGGAUCUGAGAUCAGAUGGCAGGAAGCUGUGCAAAAGUCUAAGUCACUUUCUAGGGGGGCAAUGUCAUCUAACUAUGAAAACAUCAAUAUAAGUUCAGGUAAUGAUGGUAACAGUUAUGUGUCCGUAAAGGAAAGUGAUUCAGAAAAAUCGGAUAAUGAAAAGAAACGCAGCGGGAUGAGGCGUACUGCAUCAGAGCAGUUUAAACCUAAAAAGGAUAGACAAAAGGAAAAAUUAAGUGAUUCAAGUAAAGGUGGAUACAGUUCAAGUGGUGGUGAAUCUUCCAAGGGGAAUAAAUCUGAUGGAGAGAAUGUGGGUAAACCAUUGUCUCAUCAGCACUUGUCAGAUUCUGAUUUGAAAAAAAGGCAACAGGAGGCGGUUUUGGAUUUUGUUAAACGUAAGAAAAAGGGGUCUGAUAGUUCAGAGCAGCAUAGCCCAAAUGUGAAGGACACCGCCCCUGAAUCUCCACCUCCGCCCAUUCCAGAUGGGACAUCCCCUCUCACAGGGACCACAAAUCCCCCACAUUCCCCUCUGACGGACAUUACAAAACGAUACAACUACACACAGGCACAGCGAAACGAAAGCAUGCGUAGAACGCAAUCAAUCACUUCGAAUUCCUCUAAGGAAUCUGAUUACAUGGAUAUGAAGAAGAUGAAUAUCCAGACGGAGUGGAGUAGACUGCGGGCCCAGGACAGCAAACAACCACGUCGCCCGCUGUCUAUUGGGUCUGACUUUGGCAGUGUGGACGGUCAUUCAACGCCAUCUAUUUUGACACCUGAUGGCGAGCCAGUCCAUAAACGCAGCACCAGCGAGACGCUACCAAAACAUAUUGAAGCUGCACAGGCGCAACAAGAGCCAACCAGUCCUGAAUCAAUCCCCCCUGCUGGUGAUGACGGCACCAUGGUGACCGCCCCGAUCUAUCACAACCUGUCCACAGGGGACUACCCCCGCCGCCCACCUCCGCCCGUCCCAGGGAUCCACAGUGAGAGCCCACCAGCCCUCCCGCCCCGCCGCUUCAUCAACAGCAAGUCUGAGUCCUUCCUACUGAGUCGUGUGGAUCCUAGUCAGCAAGAAGCCUUGAAGAGUGUCUACCAGGAGGAGGCUGGGGUCAUUGCCCCAUCUGGGACCAGGGCCUGGGAGGCCAACACUGGAACUCUUAAAGAGGAUGCGUACGCGGCGCAGCUCAGGCGGCAGGCCCGCAGGUUCUCUGAGCAACAUAAGCCUGUCGGGAUAUCCAUGCAGGUGGUGUCUACAAAGUCCACAGUGCAGGUGUCCCUGUCGCAGUCCUACAAACAGGAGCCGGCGGCCGCUAUGGAGGCAAAAUCAGCCUUGCACCUUUCACCCCAGACCUCUCACAGUCAGUUGGAUGCUAAGCAGAUUUGUGCGCUGCACUCUCCCCCGCUGUCUCGUGACAGAGCCACCCCUGAACCACCGCCCAUGCCAACGCCUUUGAAGAACGGGGAGGUGGAAGUGCCUGUGGAUCUGAACGCUACUGCGGAUUUCCCUCCACCGCCAGUGGAGUUCAUGGAGGGAACAGACAAUGUGGCAGAUCUGAAUGGCAGGUGCGCUGAUGAUUCGUACGGCUCCUACAAGACCCGGUCCCCUCGUGAGCUCGGCAAGUACAAGCGUACCACGUCUGACACCACAUUGCUGAGACAGCAACAGGAUGUUAACACCUUCCAGCCUCUCCCAGAGAACAACGAGACGCCAAACAAACCUCCCCGCAAGAGGCUAGAGGGUCGUGACUCACCCAAUCUGGGUCAGCGCUCAUCAAAUCAAUACCGUAGGUCGCCGCCACAGGUUCCGGCUUUCCAGUCUGCUGACGUGACCUCGGUCCCCCAUGUGGUGAAAUCAGUGGCCCAACCGUUGCCCAAGGUUAAUUUACCAACCAGUAUGACCAGCUCGGGAAGUUUUACCGACACGGUCGUUCAGCGGCCAGGCGAUCGUAACAGUGUGUCUGAGGAACCACGGCCUACUGUGAAGGAUCGCGUGAAAAACAUUGAAGUGUUUGCACAUUCACCUGGCUCUACCAGGUCAGGCAGUCGUGAACGGUUACAUAGCAAUGGAUCUUCUGGAGCAACUGGUGAUGAGAAAAAAGACUCUAGCAUGGAAAAUCACAAAGCAGACUCUUUAGAGCGAUUGGAAAGUUCUGUGACUCAUAGUGAUAGUUUUAGAGACCGGCUUCGACCGGUGGUGAAAAAAGUGAGCGAUGAUGAAAGUAAACAUAGUGAGGAUAUGGCUGACAUUGUGUCUUCAACGCCUCCUGUGGUUCCUAACAGGACUUACAAGCAACAACAACCUGCUGUGUCAAAUAGCUCUAGUUACAGAAAAGACUCAUUUCAGAAUCAUGGCCCGAAGCCAUAUGCAAAUAAAUCAAACAACAGUGCCAAUAUUCAUAAUCCUUUACAUCAGAAUAAUGUUGUGAACUUUAGUCAAAGUCAGGACAUGAAGCGAAGUCCGGGUCAGUCGAUACCGGAGCCGCAAGUGCCUGCACGCAGCUGGAAAAACGAGCAGUUUGUGCGAGAUCAAAACUCAAGUGUUUCUAGUCCAGACUCAAGGCAUCACGGUGAUGCAAGUGAUACUGUUAAGAACAAAGAAAAUACGCAAGUCACUAGUGUUCAAAGUAGACAGAAAUGGAACCAUGAGACCACGUUUUCACCCAAUACCCGUAGUCACAUUCAUAAUUCUGAUAACCAAAAUGUAGCUAUAUUUCAACAAAAUCACCAUCCCAAAGAAAAAACCAGAGACAGUGAACAAAACCCUGGAACAGUGCCUUCUCAUUCCAUGUCCAGCCCUCCUCAAAGCUGGCAACAUCCCCCCACAUCUGACAACAGACACCCCAGCAGUCAGACAAAAUGUCCAACACUUCUCCACAUACUCAAAACAUUUCCACUUCGGUUAAUCGUAGUGAUCGCUCAACUCACUCAAAUCGCGCCGACCAGACCUUACCAGAUCAGCCAGUGCAGCCCGCGCUCAGCCAAGUCAGCCUGAACCACGGCCGCCAGCCAGUGGCCCCCCUCGUCAGUGUGCAGCAUGGCCGGCAGCCAUCGGCCGAGGAGCUGGAGUGUGACCUGAGGGCCCAGGAGCUGGCCAAGGUGCUGGGGGACAGCGAGAGGGAGCUGUGUGAGGUGCUCCAGUCU